ACAUUGGCUAGGGCCGGCCCUGGUUGCACGGUUGCCUCCGUGGUCCUUGUGGAUAUGACGCCGAACUGGGACGGGUGCUCGGAGACUAUUGCAUGAUCCAUAAAACACGACCGAUACUGUAAGUUUGCGAUUUGGGGGAUUCUUCGCUACAUCAGGUGAAACAGGUGACUUUGACAAAGGCCUCUGGAUGUUGAGUGUACUGCAACUCAGGUGAAAGAGAGGGUGAGCUAAUUGUUAGGAUGAAGGAAGAGAGUUUGUACCACCGUCGGUUGUCUUUGUGUCCAAAUGCAACUUCCCCACCCAAAAUUGACCCCCGCACCCUCACAAGAAACCUUUCUUGUGGAGGAGACAGUGACCUCUACAACCUCAGCUCAGGCAGUGAGACAGACAGGCACGAUAUCUCCAUGAUGACUAAUGAACUUAGUCCUGCCCAAUCACCAGGCAGCAAGUCUGAGUCUAGGAUGUUUAAUGGUCUGGAAAAGGAAUGCCCCUCACCGACAGAAAAGCUUGCUCGAAAAGAGUCUCUUAAGGUCCAAAAGCAGAAUUACCGUCAAGAAAAGAAGCGGGCUGCCAAAGAACUGUUCAGCGCGCUGAAGGACCCGAGUGUUGUCAUUAUGUCGAACUGGCUAAAGAUCCGUGGCUCUUUAAAGAGUUGGACCAAGCUGUGGUGUGCCCUGAAACCUGGUGUUCUUUUGAUCUAUAAGACCCCCAAAACUGACCACUGGGUUGGCACUGUCCUGCUGAGUGCCUGCAAGCUCAUCGAGAGGCCCUCGAAGAAGGAUGGCUUCUGCUUCAAGCUUUACCAUCCACUGGACCAGUCCAUUUGGGCUGUCAAGGGUCCCAAAGGAGAAACUGUUGGCUCCAUCACACAGCCUUUACCAAACAGCUACCUGAUCUUCAGAGCGUCUUCUGAGUCUGAUGGCCGAUGCUGGAUGGAUGCUCUGGAGCUUUCUCUGAGUUGCUCCAGCCUUUACAAGCUCACGGCCAAGUCAGGAAAAGAAGCAGACAUCAGCACAAAUUCUGAGUCUUCUCACUUCCUCCAUCUUCUGCAGUCUAGCACGCUAGCAGACACAGAGCUUUUGCAGUUGAAUGAGUCUGUGCUGCUGGGCAAUCACCACAUGGACCAUGAUAGAUUUUCGGACAAAUCAGAGCGUGAUGGUCACGAUGACUGGGACGCUUCUGCCAUUGAUAAUGGAGGAAGGUUGACAGAGGAGAGUGAUGUGGACCAAUCAGAUGAAGCGAUGUCUCCCAUGCCACAGGGAACAGUUUAUGUUGAGCAGGGCGCAGAAGAGAUGGCAGAGGCUGGGGAGGCGUCACAGGUUGAGACUGUUUCAGAGGAAAAUAAGGGUUUGAUCUGGGGUAUUUUGAAGCAGCUGCGACCGGGCAUGGACCUCUCAAAGGUGGUGCUGCCCACAUUCAUCCUGGAGCCUCGUUCGUUCCUGGACAAGCUAUCGGACUACUACUAUCAUGCUGAUCUGCUCUCUCAAGCUGCACUGGAGGACAGUUCAUAUGGCCGUAUGAAGCAGGUAGUCAGAUGGUACUUGUCUGGCUUUUACAAGAAGCCUAAGGGUCUAAAGAAGCCUUACAACCCAAUAUUGGGGGAAACUUUUCGCUGCUGUUGGCCUCAUCCCCAAAGUGAAGGCUGCACUUUCUACAUAGCUGAACAGAUUUCGCACCAUCCACCCAUUUCUGCCUUUUAUGUCUGCAAUAGGAAGGAUGGUUUUUCCAUCAGUGGAAGCAUCUUGGCAAAGUCCAAAUUCUACGGUAACUCUCUGUCUGCUAUCCUGGAUGGCAAAGCGAGACUGCUCUUUUUGAGCAGGGAGGAGGAGUAUGUUAUCACGAUGCCCUAUGCUCAUUGCAAAGGUAUCCUGUAUGGCACUAUGACACUAGAGCUGGGUGGAAAGGUUACCAUUGAGUGUGAGAAAAACAAAUGUUUCACUGAGCUGGAGUUCAAGUUAAAGCCCUUCCUGGGAGGCCCCUGCUCUGUGAAUCAGAUCAAUGGCAAGAUCUUUGAGGGGGACGAGCUUGCUGCCACCAUCGAUGGACAUUGGGACAGUGAGGUUUUUAUUCAUGAGAAGCGCUCUGGACAGCAGGCAACAUUGUGGAAUCCGAGUCCAGAUGUCCGUAGCAGUCGUCUCAAGAGACGUGUGGUCCACUUUGACCAGCAGGGAGCGUUUGAGUCUGAAAGGCUGUGGCAGCAUGUGACCAGAGCUAUCAUAGAGCGUGACCAGUUGCAAGCCACACAGGAGAAGUUUGUGCUGGAAGAAGCUCAGCGCAAAGAGUCGAGGGAGAGGGGAGACAAGCCCUGGACCCCACGACUUUUUUAUCAGGACCCAGUGACCUCAGAGUGGACUUACAAGCAUGUGGAAGCCGAGCCAUGGGAGCCAGAGCGUUGUCUAGUUCAGUUUGAGAGAGAUGGGGUGAUUCAAACGCUGGAGAAAACACAAAAACGGCACAACGGCCUCUCUUACAGCGACAGCUGGCCCAGCCAACGCAAGGCUAAGGUGAAUGGAACACACAGGAAAGCCAGCAGUCAGCCAUCCAGCUGCAGCCAGAACACUGAGAGCAGCAGCAGCACCCCAGAACCGACACAUGAGUCCUCUGAUAAUGAGGAGUUCUCAAACCACUGUGCACGCUGCAGCAAGGACAUGGCCCUCCUCCAGACCUCCAUCGCCUCCGUACAGAAGACGCAGCAAGACAUUCAGAGGAACUUGUCAGCUCUGACUCGUCAGCUCACUCAGCAGAGGGCAGCAGAUGACAGUGUCUCAUGGAUGGGUCGGCACUGUGUGAUCGUCUGUUUGGUGCUCCUCUCACAUCUUCUCCUCCGCUACAUCUACGCCUGAGAACCUCAGGUCUCCGUCCAGCACCGACCUGACAUUUGAUCCCACCCACAAGCACAAAGUAAUCAGCCAGAGGGGGAGCCUAGAACUCAGAUGAGUGUUGGGCGAGGGACUUAGUCCCAUUCUUUUUAUUAUAGGGAGAAGAAUAGCAUGAACAUUAUAGCAAUAAACACAGCCAACGCCCGUCAGACAUCUUCAGAUAGAAAGAAUUCCCCCUCGUGUAGCCAAACUGAAAGAGCACCGGCACCCACGCACUUUGGACAGGAGACAAGGGAUGACAGAAAGGAAUCACAAAGAGAGUCUUUCAAUUAAAAAAAAAAAAAAAAGGAUGAGUUGUACAAUGAAGAUUUGUAAGAAUUUCGAGACCACCAUUCCUUAGUGUCUUUAUCUACUUGCCCUGCAAUACUGUCUGUUUGUGAAUAUUUUUGUGAGUUAUAUGUAUGUACUGUAAGGCCCUAUGUGCGCAGGUAUAGCACUGCGUCAAUGUUUCGUGCAACUUCCACUCCAGAUUUUGGGCCUUAACCGCUGAUGCCAAAAAGAAAAGAAAAAGAAAAAAA